GAAGAACGUGGCACAAUUCCCCGUGCGUGCUUCUUCCUCCUCACCCCCCAGACGCACCACCCAAACCUCCUCUCAUCUCUCUCUCCCUCUCUCUCAGAUCGAUUCUGUUUCUUGCCGAUCAUCAUCAUCGUUAAUCUCCGCCGGAUGAUCUAUCUCCCGUUACAAUAAGAGGAAGCAAAAAGAGACUAUUAUGGGUUCAGUUUGUUGCGUAGCCGUGAAAGACAGGAAGGUCCCUCCUCCUCCCAGUAGUAGCAGUGGCCACCACGCCCCCGCCGCAUCCGGCGCUUCUCUCCACCGGAACUCAGCCUGCUCGCCUCAGUGGAGUUUUAGACGCGAUAACAAUAGGAGACGCGUGGCUGAUGAGAUCGAGGGAUCGCCUUUUUAUGUUGUUGGUGGGAGGAGCAGAGGGCUUAGUAUGGAUAAGAUGUCCUCCUUGGGAUCUGAGGGUGGUGGAACUCCUCCUCCUCUUGCUCCCGAUAUGGGAUCUAACUCGUUGGUUCCACCUUCUUCAGAUUCAUCCUUGGCAAGUCAUGACCUCAUUGAGGUGAAGAGUUUAGUUGACUCGUCGCCGAGUAUUGUUCCAUCAGCACUUUCAAAGCCUUUGUUCUCCUCUCCAUCUCUCUCAACUCCCGUCUGCGACCUUUCAUCGGCUCACACGCGUUUGCUUCCUCCUAAAUCCACGCCAUCGAGAAGGGCUCGCCGUUCGCCUGGGCAUCAGUUGUUUAGGCAGGUUUCCGAUAGUCAGAUUCUAGGGUUUAAGUCCCCGAAUAAUAAUAACUACUCUGUCUCCGAAGGAAGGUCGUCCUUCAAGCUUUCGACCUGUAGCAACGACUUCGCCAAUGGUUCUCAUUACGCUUCCUCCGAAGGUGGCUGGUCCUUGAACACUUUCUCUGAGCUCGUGGCGUAUUCUCAGAGGGAGAGAUGGUCUUUUGAUAGCGAGCAUUUGGGUUCCGGUAGAAGGAAGCUUAGUGGUGGUGGUAGCAGCAGGUUCUCCUUCUCCCCUUCCGUUGCCGUCGUCGAUCAGCAGAGCUGCGGAGCUUGCUCGAAGUUACUCACCGAGAGGUCUUCCGUUGCUAAUUUCGAGCUCCCGAUCGCUGCUGUUCUCGCUUGCGGUCAUGUUUACCAUGCGGAGUGUUUGGAGACCAUGACUACCGAGAUUGAGAAGUACGAUCCCGCUUGUCCCAUUUGCACCAUUGGGGAGAAGCGGGUUGCGAAGAUAACGAGGAAGGCUCUGAAGGCGGAGGCGGAAGCAAAGGCAAAGCACUACAAGAGGUGCAAGAACCGUGUGGUGGAUAGCUAUGGCGAGAGUGAGUGCGAUGAGUUCAUGUUCCAGAAGACGGGGAAAAGAGAAGGAAAAGGUCUGAAGAUGGAACCUAGUUCCAGUAGCAAAGGCCCGUCUAAGUCGUUCUUGAAAUGGCAUUUCGCUUCUCUCAGCUCCAAGUGGAGUAACAGCCGCUCUUCCAAAGACUCUGGUUUGAAGAAAGGGUUUUGGUCUAGACAUCGUAACAACCGUUCUUCAUCAAGCAUAGAGGGACUUAACCAGACAUCUCAGCUUUAAGGAAACCUCUCAGAUCAGAGGAAAGUGAGGUUAUGUAGGAAGCUUUGUAAAAAAGAAAAAAAAAACAGAGUCAGCUCACAGCUUUAGCCUUUAGAGUUGUGUCUUUAACUUGUUUUUUUGGGAUAUUUUGUGUGUGUUUCAGUGUAACUUAUGGAGAUGAUUUUUUUUUUAGUUUAUGAAACAAAACUUGAUCA